GCUCGACCAGUAUGACUGAGGUUCAUAAUUUUGUUUCACCUUUUGCUGCUGAUCCCGCAGAUGUGCCAGAAGUUUCCAUCGGCCAAUACAUUCUUGAGAGUUUGCACAGUAACAGUCGAUUGAAUAGUAGCAAACCUUGGGUGAUUGAUGCGCACACAGGCGUGACAGUGCUGUUCUCGCAAAUUGAGCCACACUCAAAGAAGAUUGCUAGUGGUCUAGCAAGGUUGGGGUUCUGUAAGGAUGUUCUUCAUUUUGUCACCUAUGAGACAGCCCAGCUCUAUUUGGUUCAAAUCGCUGUUUGGCGCUUAGGCGGAGCAGUCCGAGGCUGCUAUCAGUUAGAGAACACGGAUGAAUAUGUUAGACAGCUGAAGGAGACUGGUGCCCGAUUCAUUUUAGUGGAUGAUGACACUGAAGAGAGCUUGCAAAAAGCUGCUGCCUUACUUGAUUGGCCUGUUAUAUUUCUAAGCUUUACUAAUUUAUCAAAACAAAAUAUUGUUUCCAUCCAAAAUCUAUUAGAGGACGAUGGAUCUUCGUUCCCUAGCUAUGUGGACAUUGACUGCAGAGAUGAUACAAUUCUCAUCCCUAACACAAGUGGCAGCACAGGAGUGCCAAAAGGAGUUUUGCAUACCCACUACUCAAUGAUAGCGUUUAACCAUCACCCAAAGGCACUGGAGCACUUGAAUUUUGAUUUCAUGACCCCAAUGAGUAACUAUGCUAUGGGAAGCUAUGUUGUGUCAAUUGCAAGCUUGUUGAGAGGUUCAACAAUAAUUCAUCUUGGAAAGUUCCAUAGGGACAACUAUGUUUCAAACAUGCUGAAAUAUAAGCCUGGAAACUGCCUGAUGUACCCAUUUGUUGCCACAUGGUUUGCACGAUGCCAUGAGUUGUCGCAAGUAGACUUGAGUUUUGUGAAGAUAAUUACUAUUGGUGGAGGCGUUCUCGAUCCAACCACAGCAGAACUGCUUUCGAAAAGGAUGCCAUCAGCAAAAAUCGUUCGAGUUUACGCCAGUACAGAGACCCUUGAUAUUUCAAACACAUUGCAAGAUGAUUCACCUGAGAAAUUAGUAUUUGUGCAGCAUAAAGGACAGUUGUGUUUAUCAUCAGGAAAGCUACUUCCAUAUGUGGAGGCCAAGAUUUUAGAUAUUAAUUCAGGUGUGAGGCUGGGUGGAAACGAGAUUGGCGAGAUCUGCAUUCGAUCACCAUAUCUGACAAAAGGAUACCUCAGUGCUGAGUCUACCACAGGGGUGCAUUUAAUUAAAGACGAGCUUGGUUGGUUGCACACUGGUGAUGUUGGAUUUUUUGAUACUGCAGGAAGAAUUUUCGUAACGGAGCGACUAGGGUUUAUGUUCAAAUACUUCAUGUUCAUGGUUUCGCCAACAGAGAUUGAGGCGGUACUUCAAGAGCAUCCUGGUGUUCAAUCUGUUGGUGUUGUUGGUGUUCCUAAUGAAGAAACAGAAAACCUUGCUAAAGCGUUUGUGGUGAGGCAACCUGGAGUUGAAGUCAGUGCCUUAGAAUUGUGCAAAUUAGUUGAAAGCAGGCUGCCUAAUUAUAAAUAUUUGCAUGGGGGUGUCGAGUUCAUAGAGCAGCUCCCAGAGAGCAAAGGAAACAAGCUUGACAGAAUAGCUUUGAAGCAGCUUGCUCUGCAAAAAAGGUAUUUGUCUUAAAAAUUUUGUUCAAUA